UCGUUGUAGUCCCGAUCACGUGACCGCAAUAGACAAAACGUACAGGUAGUUGAGAUAAGGAGGGUCUCUUGUGAAUUUAAAAAGUGCUGUGCGUUUUAAUUGAUGUAUAUACACACACGGCCUCUCCACAGGAACUCACAGUAAAGUACAAGGCUAGUGGCGUCAUUGGGGGACGAUACCAGUCGACAUCCCACUGCCUUCAAGCAACAGAACAUACUCUCUAGAAAGGAAACAGUUAAUAUGGCGGAUAGGAAGUCAGCAUCAACGGAUGCAGGGCCUGUCAAAAAGACGAUGAAACCUGCCACGUCCGGACCCACUAUUGUUGGGUUGAUGGCAUCCAAGCGAUUGACGAGCAAACUGACGUCAAAACUCGGCAAAGAUCGCAGAUCUUCGUCGAUAGCAGCAAGCAAUGUCCAUAUUGACAAGGAGCCAAGUUAUCGAAUGGAGCCAAACCAGAAAUUCAGCUCGGUAAAGGCACGACAAAUUCUAGAGGAUGUCCUAUCGUCUCGAUUAGAAAGAUAUAGAUAUAAUUCUAAAUUUGCCAGAAAUAUGGCCAAAGUGUUAAGUGACGAAAUCAAAGACCAGAUGAAAGCAUUACAUUACGACCGUUACAAAUAUAUCUGUGUUGUUUACAUUGGAGAGGUCAAGGACCAAGCAAUGGCGCUCACGAGCAGAUGCGCGUGGGACAAUAAAUUUGAUAAUUCAGCAACGUACACAUACCAAGGUACAUACCAAGGAAAAGCUUGGUUUUGUAACGCGUCUGUGUUCGGGGUAUACAGAGAAUAAACCCAACAUAACGGCAAUCAAAAAGGAAAACCCCACAAUCAGUACUGUAUGAAAUAAGAGGUUUGGAUGACAGAGUACUACGCAAGAAAAGCAUUAGAGGGUAGUGAUAUCAAACUAACCGAUAAUCUCGAAAAAACAUCAAUAAUUCCGUCCAUUUUAAAUUAAGGGACCACAAGCAAGAAAAAAGAUUGAUGUCAGCAAUGGAAAUACGUUUGUUUAAAAUCGUGUAUAUAUUUCUUAUUUUCAUGGAUCAUUUAGUUAUCAUUCAUGUUGAUAUUGCCUUCUCGGAGGCGUCGAGACGUUUACAAAUCCAUGUAGUCAUAUGUCUGGAAUGUUUUUAUUGAUAUUAGGAUUUUUCUCGUUCAUUUACAUUUACGACAAUUCUGUGAUAGCUAUGCUUCAAAGUCAGCUUUCGGCUGCUGAAGCGAACAAGAAAUUCCUGAUCGUUUCUGGAUAAGUGUUAUUUCAAAUCUACGUCCAUGUAUGCUUACUAGCUUCAUUUGAUGACGAUUCCAGCUAUAUUGCCACUUUCUGUAUUAUGCUUAAUAUGCAUUUGAUAUUAGUGAUACUUUCCUCACUUUGCUAAUGUAUCCAUUGUUCAAGCCAUUUUAUCUUUUAUUAUGCAAUUUUUUUUGAAGAUAUGCGAAGUUGUACAACACCUGCAUAACUAAACAUUUCUACACUGACGAAGAAUCCUGUAGCGAACUUUACUGUACUCGCUGUGAUACAUUUUGCACUUUUUAAAUAAAUCUAUUUAUACAUCUACUAUAA